CCUUGCGGUCGCUGUUGUAGUCAACAAGCCGCAGACUAAGUGUUGUUUAGUGCUGAUAGGCUGUGUCCGUUAUUGCCGGCGUCACUGCCUGAUUCGCCACUAACCUUUCUAAAGAAAUCGUUACCGCUCUAUCUCGAUCAUGCGGUGUCAUCCCAGACUCGGAGUCUCUGAUUGCGGUUUCACAUAAAUACCAGGCCAGAGGCAGUCACUUCACUAUCAACUUCAUCAUGGUCAACACAAUUCCUCCCGCCAAUCCAAUCCCUGUUUCACCAUCCUCUGCUGAGGUUCUGGCACGCCUCUUUCCUACACCAGCGCCCCCUCCAUCAGUCCUUGCACCAGCCCGUCUACCAAAUGCCGGUCCAGGGCCGACUGCUGCACUGCUGAAGACGCUCAAAGAUAAUCACGAGCGCAGCCAUGUCUUCUUCAACUACUACAGUUUUCACAACCAUGCAGCCCACCACUUGUUAGCCAUUUGGGCUCUUGGCGCAUCUGGACCUUUGAUCACAGCUGCAUAUGAGGACACUCACCUCGACCAUAUGCGCGAUGCCUUCCAGGCACCUGACCGUGUAGUAAUUUCAGAUGACAACUUCCAUGACUACCUCGGCGACGAAAAUUAUUAUAAUGCAUACCUGGACUAUUACCACAAAGUAGUUCUCGCCCCGGGUGCCACCAUCUCAAGCACCCUUGAAAAGUACAUUUUCUCUUCGGAGUACAACAUCAACGAUUCUCUCGCAUCGGGAAAGCAGCAGCCUGAAAUGCUUAACCGUUUCGUGGAAAUUCUCAUCCAUCCCCUUAUUCACACCGGCUACGGUGCAGAAUUCGGACUUCCUGGUAUGCUGGCUGAAGGUCUCGCUCAGGCGAGCGUUCAUCCUGCACGAGCAACCGUCUUAGUCUCUCGUUUACUUUUCCCUGGAAACCCGGACUCUCAGUACAGGCCCAAAUCGCACGUGCAUGCGCUCUCAAUCCUCUCGCAGAUGCUUGUCGAUAGCCGUUUCUGGACGCGUAGCCUCGAAAAGCAUGAAUUCGAGGCUAUGCUCGUGUCGCACGGCGAGCUCAUCAACUCUUACGCAGAGAUGUGGACAUGCGAGAUCAACAGCCAGGAAGAUUUCAAUCGCCACCUCGAGGAGCUUGUAUGGGCAAGCACUUUGAUGUACGGCGUCAGUAGCUGGGACGGCGAGGACAAGGAGUACCGUGCAGAUUUCUUCACCAUGCACAUCGUCACUGCAUGCCUCUUCCUCCCGUCUCUUUGUGCCCACCUUUCAUACCGAAGCCAGUCUCUACUCCUACGUGCACACUUCCUCGCGGGCAUCACUUGGUGGCUCGUUCGUGGACGCCCUGCUCUCCCCCUGCGCAAGUUCUUCGCUGCACCACUUGCGCCCCUCCCUUCCCCAGCGCACUUCAAGUACCCAACCACGUUCCCUGGCGUUCUACCCCAGCCAGCAGCAUGUACACUACUCGGCGGGGAUAGUCCACAUGCGGUGACACCCAACGUAUGGUACCCCCUUUUACAGAACACAAUCGUACACCCAAAUGAGCAUCUCUGCAAGUGCCAGCGUGCGCUUGCGCACUUUGCCAUACUGUACGGACACCGUGAGGCCGGCUUCAUGUCGGAGGCACUGUCCUCAAGUCCGGCAAUCAGUUGUCCUGACACACCACUGUUGCCUGGUGGCCUUGAACUCGCAAAGGAUGAGUGCAAGGCGCUCGAAGCUCCGGAGUGGGAGUUCCUUGAUGGGAGCGUAUUCUUGCGCGUAGCUUGGUUGACUGGUGCUGCCCUUGGAUGGGUGAGGGAUGGCGAACCGAACACAGGUGCCUGGGAUUACCAGGAGUUUGAGAGAGUGGCUUUGGAGAGAGAUGAGCUUGAAGCUAAGAUAAAUGCAUAGGCGAUGGGGACAUGUAUCCGAAGUAACCGGUUUCUUUUUGUUUGACUCCCAUCUCAGCUGAUAAUAUACACGUAACUAUCCCUUAUAACAUAUACAGAAUCCCUGAUGUCUGUCUUGAAAUGACACGAAACGACUUUUGGAUCUGACA